AUGGAUAACAUGGCAUGUAAUAAGGGGCAACAUGUGAGAAAGGCGAAGAAGAAACAGGUGAAAGACGAGUUGGAUCGUCUUAAGCAGGCUGAAAAGAAAAAGAGACGGCUGGAAAAAGCUCUAGCUACGUCUGCUGCCAUCAUAUCGGAACUGGAAAAAAAGAAACAGAAGAAGAAAGAAGAACAGCAGAGACUUGAUGAAGAAGGUGCUGCAAUUGCGGAAGCUGUUGCUCUACAUGUUCUACUCGGUGAAGACUCAGAUGAUUCCUAUAAAGUUGAAUGCAAGACUUGGGAUGAUUAUAAUCGUAAUCUUGAUUUCUUCAUGGGUGGGAAAAGAGCUUGCUUUCCAAAUCUAGAUGGAGGCACAUGGUCCGUCACUGCCGAAAAUGGCAAGUGGUCUAUCUCGUCCGGGCCUUUCGAAAACCGCAAUGUGCACGCUCCACCUUAUGGAGAAGCAGCAUGGGAUCCUACAAGAUUUUCUGUGGACCUUAUAGCAGCACAAGCGGUUAGAUCACUCCAGAUUGCAGAGAAUGCAGAUGAGGAUAGGAUUCUAUUCUAG